AGAUUUUCAGGCCAAUCAGAUUUCGUUAUAUACCCAUCAAUGCUGAUUCAACAAAGCAAACAAAUCUUGAUCUGAAACCAAUGAGAGAGAGAGAGAGUGCCGCAUUGAGGUCCCUUUUGAGAUGAAAUCUGCAACAAAGUUUAGUAUGCAGACCUCUGGCAAUGGCACGGGGGAGGUGAAACAGGUCUGCCUCGACGGGUGCUGCCCGACGCCGCUGCUCGGACUACCUGAGCAGCGGAGCUCCGCGGUUCCCAAGCCGAGGAGCGCCUUCUCGGCUUGUCGGCGCAAUUUCGCGACCACCACUUCGUCCUCUAUCUUUCCGAAUGCUCAAUUCACAAACCACGAGUCACUCCCAUCCCUGAAAGAGUCGUUCACCGAGUUCACCAGGGUCUAUCCUCAAUACACCGGGACCGUUCAGGUGGACGAGCUCCGAUCCCGGGAAUACUAUCACCUAUCUGCUUCCAAUCACACCUGCCUUGAUUAUAUAGGCGUAGGCCUCUUCUCUCAUUCCCAAUUGCAGAACCCGGAAUCCUCAAGAUCCCCACAAGCCGGUUCGUCCUCAUCUCCACCCCAAAAACCAGAUUUCCCCUUCUUUAGCUUAUCUUACAAGACAGGGAGCCUCAAGACACGGCUGCUUCUGGGCGGCGAGGAGUCCCAGUUGGAAUCAUCCAUGAAGAAAAGGAUCAUGGGUUUUCUCAACGUCUCCCAGAGUGAUUACUGCAUGGUCUUCACUGCGAACAGAACGUCGGCUUUCAAGCUCCUGGCAGAGUCGUACCCCUUUCCAUCCAGCCGUAAGCUUCUGACAGUCUAUGACUACGAGAGCGAGGCGGUGGAAGCAAUGGUAAAUGGCUCUGCCAAGAGAGGAGCCAAAGUAAUGUCGGCUGAGUUCUCGUGGCCGAGGCUCAGGAUCCAAUCGACCAAGUUGAGGAAGACGAUUGUUAGAAAGAAGAAGAAGAAAGACAAGAGAGGGCUUUUUGUCUUUCCCGUCCAUUCGAGAGUGACGGGAGCUAGAUAUCCUUAUCUGUGGAUGAGCAUGGCGCAGGAGAAUGGGUGGCAUGUUCUGCUUGAUGCUUGUGCUCUGGGACCAAAGGACAUGGACAGCUUGGGUCUGUCUUUGUUUAAGCCAGAUUUCAUCAUCUGUUCAUUCUAUAAGAUAUUUAGCGAGAACCCAUCAGGAUUCGGAUGCCUUUUCGUCAAGAAAUCCACCCUUCCGAGCCUUGAAACAUCGCUCGCUAUGGGAGUUGUCAGUCUUGUUCCGGCUGAGAAUUCGCUGAAACCGCCGGAUGAGUCCUCUGGUACCGACACAGAACUUGAUCAGACAUACUCUAAUUCAAACUCUUUCUCAGGUCCCAUACCUGUUGAGACGCAUUGUGGACCAUCUGAUUCUGAGCAACUGGGAACCUCUUUCCCCCAAGCUGUUGAACUACCGCCCAUCAAAAGUAGAGAACCAGCAACUUCUGAGAUUGUUUUAUCAGAGAAGACUGAUGACAAAGCCCCACAAAAUGUUGGCAAUAACAGCAGCAACGGAAACUCGGAGCUCCAAUGUGCGGGUUUGGAUCAUGUGGAUUCACUAGGAAUGACAUUGAUCAGCAACAGAGCAAGGUACCUGAUCAAUUGGCUUGUGAACGCCAUGUUGAAACUCGAGCAUCCCAACACAGAAGGUGUUCGCCUGGUCAGAAUAUACGGACCGAAGAUCAAGUUCGAUCGUGGACCGGCUUUGGCAUUCAAUGUGUUUGAUUGGAAAGGGGAAAAAGUCGAGCCUGUUCUUGUGCAGAAGCUUGCCGACAGAAGCAGCAUUUCGCUUAGCUAUGGAUUCUUGCGCCACAUCUGCUUCUUGGAUAAACACAAUGAAGAAAAAUUGAAAGUUUUAGAGAAAAGAGGGACUGGAGCAAAUGUGGCUGUGUCGAACAAGAAGGACAAAGCCAACCAGGGCGUAAGAGUGGUCACCUUAGCUCUUAGUUUUCUAUCCGAUUUUGAGGACGUGUACAAGUUAUGGGCAUUUGUUUCUCAGUUUCUGGAUGCAGAUUUUGUGGAGAAGGAAAGAUGGAGAUACACUGCUCUGAACCAGAAGACUAUCGAAGUUUAGCCUCUGAAAAGCCAUUUAUUUAUUUUCUCAAUGUAAUGGAUUGAUUUCUACAACUGUGAGUCUGUACGGGAAGUCAAGACCGAGCACAUUUCCAAUACAAACUCACCUUCUUCUCA